AUGGAUGACGGUGGGCUGAAAGUUGAUGCGAAUUUGGAAACUCCUCCAAAAGAAAAUAAAGAGCUGUCUGUAUUGCAGGCGAUUAUUGACAACAGUAGCUGCGAUGUUAGCACUCAAACUAUUAAUAUAAGUUCUGACAGUUGUGUUACGCAAUUCACUGCACCUGCAGAUAUACUCAAUCAAGGGGUAAAUAUCUCGAACAGGCCUAGCAGUAGAAGUAAAAGGUCGUCUUUCAGAUUGUUCAUUGUACCAGACGAUCCUGACAGUGAUGCGUUUCACGACUCAGGGCUACGAUUAUCUUUUGACAAAGAACGCCAUGGGAGUAAUGGCCAGUCACUGCGUUUCUCCGUAACAUCGAAUGAAUGGAAUGAAUAAAUUGAAACUACAGAACCUUUGUAUGAUUCUAAGAAUAUCAGAAAAACCAAAAGAAGUAACAAUACAUUUAAACAGAACGAACGCACCAGGAAAGGUACGGCUUCAUCUGUCAGUUUAGAGAAAGGCAAUAGUGAUGAACCGAUCGACCACCAACUCAUACAUUCUAUAAAUCCUAGUGUACUUGCUUGGUUAAAGUUAAAGAAUUUUGAAGAGCGUGAAAAGCGAAGGCUUAAGAAGCAGGAAAGGAAGGAGCUAAGGCGGCAUGCAUAUGAAGAAGUUGAAAAAAGACAAAAGCGCAUUGAGGAAAGUGAAAAGCAGUUUGCACAGUGGUUGAUUGCUAAGAAGAAAGAAGCAAGGCGUGUAUGGAGAGAAAAACGCGCGAGGAAAAGAGUGGAUACGGUGGAAAAUGAAGACACAAUUAGGAAGGACAACGAUACUCCUCCUAACUACAUCGUUGUCCCAACGUUUAAAGGUGUCCAAGCGUGGGUGGGAGAAGAGGAGGUUUCACUUAAUAAUGGAAAAACAAGUAAAAGGUUGCAGGCACAACUGAAAACCUAUAAUCCAGAACAGUCUCCCAAUGAUAAUGUAGCAGAAAAUGAUCCAUCAGACCAGGCUAGUUUGGAUAAAGACAAUGGUGAACACUAUAACAAAAGACCUGCAACUGCUCAUAGUAGGCUACUGUCAGUUAAUGGUAGGAAUAGUAAACUCUCAAAGAGAAAUACCCAAGAGAAAUGGCCGAAACAGGAAAGCAAUUACAAUAAAAGACCCGGUACAUCGGGCGGACUACCUACAAGUAGCACGGAUACUAUGGUUGAUAAAGAAAUAAAAGGGAUAACCCAUGAAGCGUGGGUGGUGCAGAAACGAAAAGAAGAGAAAUCGAAAAGGCCAAAAACUGCGCAUGCAUCACACCUCAAUUUUGAAGAUGGUCAAAAACCCACCAAAAAAUCGAUCACGUUUGAAGCAUGGAAGGUACAAAAGCGACAAGAAAGCAAAAAGAAAGCGAAACUGAAGAAACGAGAAGUCGUCGAUGAUACUCUCACUGAAGCAAUAAUAAAAACUGCGAGGAAAAGAGUAGAAAAUUCAUGCAAAGAGAAACGACGGCUGGAUACAGGCAUGCCAAAGUGGCAAGCUAGAAAUAGAGUAAGAACUAGUGGCGCAGAGAAAAACGCCAGCAUUUCAAAUACGCCUCAUAGUAAGUACGCAGUAAUUCAAUUGGUGGGGAAUGAACAGGAUAAUCAUGAAACGCAAGAAGCAAGUACUCAGGCAAAAGAAGUUGCAGCAUUACGGAAAUCCUGUGCAAAUUUAAAGUUGCACUGA